UGUGGAGAGUAGAAGACACGGUGGAUUAUUUCCACAGAGGAAAGAGCGCGUGGCACAGAGCCGAUCCCACUGGUCGACAGAGGAGCGGAGGUCAGCAAGUGUCCCGGGCUGCAGGUGCUUCGUGCCAAACGCUUCCAGAGUCUGUCCGAGUCUCAAGAAUUCUUCUCUUCGGUCCGCAAAGCAGAGGAAUGACCCCGUCCAGCUGUCUGCCAGCUGCUGCUGCUGCGAACAGGACCAGAUGAGGAUGAGGAGGAAGGGGCUCCCUCAGCUCCACGCGCUCAGUCAAAGUUCAGCGCUUUUCUAAGAUGCCACCGGCCUCUGGAGCUCGGCACGCGGUUCGGCUCGAAACUAACCCGGGAUAAUAAAACACGCACAAAGAGACAAGAAAACACACCAGAAAGCAGAAGUUUAGUAAUUAUCCGGCGGGAGGAGCCCGGGAGGGAGAGCCCGGGAUCAAAGAGCGCUCCGAGAGCUGCGCAGGGAAGACAGGUCCGUGGUGAUGCUGCUCGCGCGGCUCACGCUCCUGUCCGCCCUCCUCCUCCUGCUGCUGCUCACCGAGGCGGCCCUUCGCCGAGGUUCCGGCACGCAGACGGACAGCCGCAGCAUGGUGGAGCUGAUCGGCCGGUACCCGAGGACGAGGACGGAGACGCCCGGGGGAGUACAGCAUGGGUCGCAGCACGGACUGGAGGCUCAUCCCAAAGACCCACACAGCAAGCAAAAUUUCAUCAUACACCUGACAGGUCCUCUAUACUUCAGCCCAAAGUGCCGAAAACAGUUCCACCGACUGUACCACAAAACCAGGGACUGCACAGAGCCAGCCUACUAUAAAAGAUGUGCUCGUCUCCUGAUUCAACUGGCCAAGAGCCCUCGCUGUUCAGAGAGAUAA